UAUCAAAAGCAGCAUAUCUUGUUCAAUGUGCUAAUUUUGUUCGUCACUGUUCAUUAGGUCAAUGGUCAGAGUGGAUGCGUAUUAAUAUGACAACAUUUUGUCUUCAUGAAUCAUAUGCUGCAUUGGUUGUUAACCGUUCAGGACAUGAUUGUCCAUAUUCGUUACGUAUUAUUGGAUGUUUACUUCAUUGUGAAAUUACAUCAUUUUCACGUGAAACAGAUGAUAAACUACCAAAACUUUCAACAAUGUCGACAACAAAUAAUAAGUUUCGACAAAAACAACAGCAGCAAAAACAACAACCACAACAACGUACAAAUAAUCCGGCAACAAGUGCACCACCAACAGUUGUUGAAAUAUCAUCAUCAUUAACUGAUAAACGUUCAAAUGAUCGUAUACGUAUGGGUAGUGUUGUUUCUCAAACAUCAAAUACAAGUUCAGCAUCGAUGUCAAGUAAACAUCCAGGACUUUCACUAAAAGCAUCAUCAGUUACAAUUCCACCUGUAUUAAGUACAAUACCAGCAACAGUAAUUAAUAUGAAUUCAUCAUUAUCAAGUGAAAGACAUAUAUAUUUUGCUGUUAAUAAGGAAAAUGAUUCGAAUGAUAUUAAUCAUACAUUUGUUAUGAUGAAUGAUGAAGAUGGAGUUAUUAUUAUUGAUGGAAAUUCAUCAUCAAGUAAUGUUGAACGACGAACAUUUAAUGCAACACAUAUACCAGGACGUCUUAGUCGUAGUAGCGGAAAAGUAAAACUAAUUCGACGAAGUAGUGUUAAAUUAAGAAAAUCAUCAUUACGAAUGAAAGAAUCAGGCAGAAAUAUGAAUACUCAUCGUUCAUCUUAUCGUACACAUCGUCGUAGUCAUGCAUCAAAUAUAUCUUCUGAAACUGAUGGUCAUCAAAGUGGUAUUGGAAGUUUAAUUUCUGAUAAUAUUAUUAAUACUCGUCCAUCUCCAUGGACGAAAGUUGUUAUACGUAUAUUAAGUAAUGUUAAUUUAAUAUGUGAUCAUCAGAUAAAAAGUGUAUCAGAUUCUUAUGGUAAACAAACAUCAAGUUGUAAUAAAAAUCUUAUUCAAACAUUAUUAAAUAUAUAUCGUUUAUCAUCAUCAUCAAAUUUAACAAAUACUGCUUCAUCAUCAUCAACACAUCGAUCAACAACACAUUUAAAACGUAAUGAUACAACAUCAAAUUUUUUUUUCUUCUUGGUUUCAACAUGUUUAUUUCGUGAAGGUACUGGUCAAAAUGUUGAUAAUGUUACAAAAACUACUAAUACAACUAAACCACCAGGUGUACCUAUGAACGGAAUGGUUUUCGAAGUAGCUGAUCCACAUCUUCAUAAACAAACUAACACACAUUUUACUAUCGUUGCUCAUUAUCUUGAAAAACAAGCUCGUUUUUUUAAAUGUUUUAAUUAA